AUGAACAGGUACAAGGUGAUCAAGCAGAUGGGCGAUGGCACAUACGGCACCGUUUGGAAGGCCAUGAACCUCCACACCAAUGAAAUUGUGGCGGUGAAAAAGAUGAAGCGGAAAUUUUACUCGUGGGAGGAGUGUAUGAGUUUGAGAGAAGUCAAGUCGCUGCGCAAGCUGAACCACAGCAACAUCGUGCGGCUGAAGGAGGUGAUCCGCGAGAACAACGAGCUCUUUUUCAUCUUUGAAUACAUGGACUGCAAUCUUUACCAAGUCAUGAAGGACAGAGAGACGCUUUUUCCCGAGUCGAAAAUACGCAGCUGGAUGUACCAGGUGCUGCAAGGGCUAGCCUACAUGCACAAGCACGGGUACUUCCACCGGGACUUAAAGCCCGAGAACCUGCUGGUGACUAAGGACGUGAUCAAGGUGGCCGACUUUGGGCUCGCCCGGGAGGUGCGGUCGCGGCCGCCCUUCACAGACUAUGUCUCCACUCGAUGGUACCGUGCUCCAGAGGUGCUGCUGCAGUCCACCGUGUACAACGCCCCCAUUGAUAUGUGGGCGAUUGGGGGCAUAAUGGCGGAGCUAUUUUCGCUCCGCCCGCUCUUCCCUGGCGCCAGCGAGAUCGACGAGAUAGUGAAGAUCUGCUCUGUCAUCGGUACGCCCACAGUGCACACGUGGCCGCAGGGCCUCAAGCUCGCUGCUGCCAUGAACUUCCGCUUCCCUGAGUACUCGCCCAUCCCGCUGUCGAAGCUCAUCCCAUCUGCCUCCCCAGAAGCCAUUGAUCUCAUGACGCUGCUCUGCUCAUGGGACCCCGCCAGGCGACCCACAGCCGCACAGUCGCUGCAACACCCGUUUUUCCUGGUGGGUUGGGGAGGGGAGUGGGUAACAGGAGGGAAUUGGGUAGCAAGUGGGGAGGUAGGAGGGUGGAUCUCAUGA